AUGGAGAGGGAGAGGAGCUUCCAGCCCGAGGUGGGAGUCUUCCAGAGACCCCUUCCGCCUCGUCUGCGGUCUGCAGAUAUAUUUCAGCCAAAUCUUUUGAGACAGAGGGCUGCGCAAGUAGCAGCUUCAGCUUUAGGGGGUAAGGGGAAGAAUCAUCCUGGUAACGACUUGGAGGAAUUCAUCGAGUCUUUAUUACGCCGUCCGCGCGUACCCGCCCCUCCCAAAAAGGGCCCUCUCGUCGUUGGCGUCAGGAACAAGUGUGGAAGUGGCGAAUCAAGCUCUGGAUCUCGUGUCAUGCGCACCAGGUGCCGAACGGUUCUCCAGGUUUAUGCGCUCCUCGAUCCCUUGGGAGCCGGGUAUGUGGACCCUGAAACUGCAUGUGGAUGCAUUGCAGCAGCGAAGAGAGAUAGCGAAGAAUUGGGCGUUAUCUUGCUGCAUGUUCUAGAGGACAUGCUUCCUUUUGUUUCUUCAAGGGGCGUCAUAGAAAAGAGCGUGUUUUUGAAAGCUUUACGGGAGUGGAUAGAGGUAGACGCUAGCGGGACGGGCCCCUACUACGCCCUACGGCUGUCAACUAACCCAGUGUCUACUGCGUACAAAGAAGGACUGCCCUGUACCAACCCGGCAGGCAGAAGCUUUUAUAGAGGAACCUACAUCCCACAGGGCCUAGAGGACAAGCUGCAGCAACUGGAGGCAGAAAAUAGACACCCAUCCAAACUGAUGCAUCACCUAGCACCCAACUCAGGACAACGCAUCAGAGUGGGUACAUUAGGAACCAAAACAAAAUUUAGACGCAAGAAUAUGUCAGAAGCUUGGUCUCGAGCUGAAAGGGACGCCAUGGCACCUGGAAACCUGGAGGCCCACAUAAAGGAAACAGCCAUCCGUAGAGAAAAACGAAUUUUUGCUCUCAAGGAUGCUCUCAACAAGAGGGAGCUUGAGGAAUGCACCUUCAAGCCUCAAAAGACGCAGAUGCCUUCAUUUGGUCGUCUCUUUCCAAACCGUCGGAAGAUCAUAGAUCAAUGCCAGGGGAGUACAGAGGGGUCCUCGAGAGCGGCUUUGCUUAGUCGUGUGCGGCGUGAAGAAACAGAACUUCUGCGGGAAUUGGCGCUGCCGCCAGACGAACCCUUUUCGGAACACAAAAAGCAACCAAAGGAGCUCCAUCGGAAGGGCGAGGAUGAAGCAGGUGCCCAGGGAGAAAAGGAAAAAGCUGAAGAGGAUAGCACUGAACAGAAACGAACCGAAACGGCAGUCGAUAGGAAGACACCGAAAAAGCGCGAGAAGCCCUUAGGUAUUUGUGCCUGGAAGUGCUCCUUGUUGCUUUGCUUGUGUCUCUUGGACACAGGCCCCUGUUGCUGCCUGCGUGUCCUUUGCCUCAGCAUGCCUAUUCGUAACUUUCGUGUGUUUAUGCCUUGUGGCGACAGACUUGGGGCCCAUUCGGCAAUUCGACUUUUGGGUCAUGCAAGAGGGUCAACCACGUGUGCGGCCGCUGGAACUGCGAGAGACUCUGCGGGCAAGCCCUCUGCCUCAAGUGCCUUUGGAUGGACUAUCUCCUGA